AUGGACAAGAUCAAGGCUCUCUUCAAGCGCAAGAAGGACAAGCCAAGCAGCACUGCUGGCACAAAGACAGAAGCACCAGCUGACGCUGCUGUCCCCAAGCCUGCUGAAACUGCGGCUCCUUCCACCGCCGAUCCAACCACGGCCCCUGCUGGCGCUGCUCCCGUCGAUGCUCCCGCAGCCGACACUCCAGCUGAGCCAGCGUCGACUGAAACACCAGCUGUCGAGCCUCCGAAGUAG